AGCGCAUCGAGCAUGAAGAUCGAGGAAGUGCAGUCCACGGCCAAGUCGCAGCGCAUCGCGGUGCACACGCACGUGAAGGGUCUGGGCCUGGAGUCGGACGGCUCGGCGCUGCCCAUUGGGUCGGGCCUCGUGGGCCAGGAGAAGGCGCGCGAGGCGGCGGGCAUCGUCGUGGAGCUCAUCAAGUCGAAGAAGAUGGCGGGUCGCGCGCUGCUGCUCGCGGGUGCGCCUGGCACCGGUAAGACGGCGCUGGCGCUGGGCAUUUCCCAAGAGUUGGGCCCCAAGGUGCCGUUCUGCCCCAUGGUGGGGUCGGAGGUGUACUCGUCCGAGGUCAAGAAGACGGAGAUCCUGAUGGAGAACUUCCGCCGCGCCAUCGGCCUCCGCAUCAAGGAGAGCAAGGAGGUGUACGAGGGAGAGGUGACCGAGAUGACCCCGGAGGAGACGGAGAACCCCUUGGGCGGCUACGGCAAGACCAUCUCCCACGUCAUCGUGGGGCUCAAGACCACCAAGGGCUCCAAGCAGCUCCGACUCGACCCCAGUAUCUACGAGUCGCUGCAGAAGGAGAAGGUGUCGGUGGGCGACGUCAUCUACAUUGAAGCCAACAACGGCAGCGUCAAGCGCGUGGGCCGCUCCGACGCCUACGCCACCGAGUACGACCUGGAGGCGGAGGAGUACGUCCCCAUCCCCAAGGGCGACGUGCACAAGAAGAAGGAGCUGAUCCAGGACGUGACGCUGCACGACCUGGACAUUGCCAACGCGCGGCCGCAAGGCGGACAGGACAUCAUGUCCAUGAUGGGGCAGAUGAUGAAGCCCAAGAAGACGGAGAUCACGGAGAAACUCCGAACCGAGAUCAACAAGGUCGUCAACAGAUACAUCGACCAAGGUGUCGCGGAGCUCGUGCCCGGCGUGCUGUUCGUCGACGAGGUUCACAUGCUGGACAUCGAGUGCUUCACGUACCUGAACCGCGCGCUCGAGUCGACGCUGGCGCCUAUUGUCGUGUUCGCCACGAACCGCGGUGUGUGCCAGAUCCGCGGCACUGACGUGUCGUCUCCUCACGGCGUGCCGCUUGACCUGCUGGACCGUAUGCUGAUCAUCCGCACGAUGCCCUACUCCGUGGAGGAAAUGGUGCAGAUCAUUAAGAUCCGCGCCGAGGCAGAAAGCAUCAAGCUCAUGGAGGACGCCACCGUGCGUCUGGGCGAGAUCGGCUCACAGACGUCGCUGCGGUACAGCGUGCAGCUGCUGACUCCCUCCCGGAUCCUCGCCGAGACGCAGGGCCGCUCGGAGGUGUCAGUGGACGACAUCGAGGAGACCAACGACUUGUUCAACGAUGCCAAGCGCUCGGCGCAUGCACUCGCACAGACCGAAGGAUACCUUAUGUAA